CAUCGUUUGUCAAUUCUAUUUGCCAAUUAAGAAUACUACAUUUCUUUAAUGUUAAAAUCAACCUUAGAUAAGAACAAUUGAUCAAAUUAAGUAAUUCAUAUAAAAUAACUACUAAGGAUUUCUUAAAGCAACUACAACAAAGAUAUCGCCUUAUAGCCGCGUUAAGAGAAAUUCCCAAGCAUCUUGAUAUAAAUCCAAAGUUUUUCUUUAGAUUACAAUAAUGCUUCGAUCUGAUUAUAAUUCAAUUAAUCUUUAUGUACUAAUUUUUCCUAAACUUUGCAGAAGUUUUACUUGCGAUUUCAAGGAUCUUCAUUGGAAUUCCAAAAAUAAAAUACUAGAAUAAAGAUAAGAAUUUAGACAUUAUUAUUAUACAAUAAUCAUACUUAAGUGCUCAGUCAAUGUUAAGAUUUGCUCUCAGAUAUGUUGGAAUAUGAAGAAACUCUAGAGCCAAUUCUCCAUUAAAAGUAUGUUAAAACUGAGAAGGGUCAACAAAUUUUGUAAAGCAUAUUAACUUUUGGAGAAGAAUAAUUUUAUUGAUAAAUAUUUGGGGGGCUAUAUGGAAAAUCUAGCAAAC